AUGGGCACGCCAUCGCAGCCGGCGUCAAACGCCAUCAUCUACCUGACCCUCGGCGCAUUCCUGGUCUUAGGAUGCUUCAUCGCAUGGCGAUUGCGACACCAGUCGAAGACUGAGUGGCUGUCGAGCAAUCGCACACAGAAGGGCGUACCGCUUGCUCUUAACUUCAUCGCCUCGGCACUCGGCUCUGGAAUCCUCUUCACCUACCCGCAGAUCGCGACGAUCGCUGGUGUCCAAGGUCUUUUGGUGUACGCUCUGUCGUCAGCCCUUCCGCUUCUGAUAUUUGGUGCUCUGGGACCCAUCAUUCGCCGUAAAUGCCCCGAGGGGUUCGUUCUGACUGAAUGGACACGCCAGCGUUAUGGGGCGGUCGCAGGUCUUUUCCUGAGUAUCUGCACACUCAUCACUAUGUUCUUGUACAUGGUUGCCGAGCUAUCCGCUCUCCAGCAGAUCGUGACUCUGCUUACCGGUCUCAACGGUCUUCCCGUUGUCAUCGUUGAGUGCGCAGUAACCACCAUCUACACCUCCCUCGGUGGCUUCAAGGUGUCAUUCGUGACCGACAACAUCCAAGGCGCCAUGGUCGUCGGCCUUAUCAUCCUCGGCGUGAUCGCAGUCGGCGUAGAGACGGACAUCCAGCGCCCCCUUAUCGAACAGUCCGGGUACCUCAACUCCUCUCUGCUCGGCUGGCAACUGCUGUAUAUCCUCCCCGUCGCCAUCUUGACGAAUGACUUCUUCCUGUCCGGCUUCUGGAUGCGUACUUUCGCCUCACGCACGGACAAAGACCUCUGGAUCGGCGUCUCCCUCGCUACAGUCGGCGUCCUGAUCAUCCUGACCCUCGUCGGUGUCGCCGGUCUCUUGGCCGCGUGGAGCGGCGCAUGGGACAUGACUGACGUAGAAGGCGGCUCACUGGCGCUGUUUCUUCUGCUGCAGCAACUACCCAACUGGGUCGUCGGUGUGGUGCUUGUGAUGACCGUCUCGCUCUCGACCGCGGCAUUCGACUCCUUUCAGUCCGCCAUGAUCUCCACUGGCUCAAACGACUUCUUCAGGAACAAGCUGAACAUCUGGAUCAUCCGCGGGUGCGUGGUUGCGAUCAUCUUCCCCGUCGUCGUUGUCGCGCUGCGUAGCCCGGAUAUCCUACAGAUCUUCCUCAUCAGUGACCUCGUCAGUGCGGCCGUCGUGCCGUGUCUGGUUAUCGGUCUGAGCGAGAGGUUCUACUGGUACCGCGGUUUCGACUUUGUCGUCGGCGGUCUUGGUGGCAUUCUCACCAUCUUUCUCUUCGGGCUCGUCUACUACGACGGCGACACGCGGCUUGCGAGCCGUCUUCUGCUGCUCGAAGGCGGACUGUACGCGAACGACUGGAGCGCAUUCGGUGCGUUCGUCGCUGCGCCCUUUGGCGGUCUCCUCUGGGCUUUCGGUGCCUGCGCCCUCCGCAUCGGAACACUCUGGGUCUGGGCCAGACUCAAGGGUCACCGCUUCGAUGCACUUGACCGUCCUGUGCCCCGCCAAAUGACGCGUCCCGGCGCAUUUGAGGCCGAUGAUCACACCAGUGUGCUUGAGCACAGCGUUGAGACUGGUAAGAGUGGCAAGUUCUUCUAG